AUGAUUUUAUCUGAUGAUGAUGAUUUUAAUUUCACUUUUGAUGAAAUACAAAGAGAAUUAACUAAUUUAGGUGUAGUCGGUUUAAAUAAUCAACAAUUAAUUCACUUAAAAAAUGAUUUAGAUUUAUUAAUUAAUAGAGAGAAAUAUGCGUUACAUCAUUUCAACCACCACCACCACCACCAGCAACAACAACCAUCUCAAUCAGUAACAACUAAUGGUAUUUCUAUGAAUGAUGGUGAUACCUAUCAACAAAUUGAUGAUAAUAAUCAUAUUACUACUGAUAAUUCUAAAAGAAUUGUAUCGUAUCUAUCUAAAUCUCCUAUCGUUUCCUCUUCUUCUUCUCCUCCUCCUCCAUCAUCAUCAUGUUUUUCUGUGACAUCUGAGGACUUUACACAUUAUAAUACAAACAGUUAUGAUUGUAAUAGCGUGAACAAUCCAUUAAAGAAAUUCAAUGAUCAUACAAUACUAAAUGAUUCAAUUAAAUGUACAUCAUCAAUAACGAAUAAUUAUUCUCUGAACUUGAAUGGAAGAAACAUAUCCAAUGAUAGUUCUGUAUCGAAUGUCGUACAAUUAUCACCUAAACAUCAUGAUGAACAUGAUCAUUGUCUACAUCAAAAACCAUAUUCUUCAACUGAUUCACAAAUAACAGCCUGUUUUUCAACAACUAACGAGGCAAUGAAUAAUCUGGACACCACAUCGAUCUCAUCAUCAUUGUCAUCAACAACUCUAUUACCGAAUGAACCUGAAAGUCAUUUUGAAGAGAAACAACAGAAACUUAAUCACCAUCACCACCACCGCCACCACCAACGUCAACAGCAGAAACAUAUAGUUCAGUCUGGGAAUGAAUUGACCAGCAGUAAACAAUCUGUAAAUUUUAAAUAUUCUGAUGCUAAUAGACAACCUAUUCAUUUUGAAUCUUCUAUGAAAAAUCUUGACUUCGAACACCGUCUAAGUAAUGAAUUCAUACUUACACCAAUGAGAAUGAAAACAUCGUCAUCAACAGACAAAAACUACUGUCACCCGAAGUCUGUUUCUAAAGAUUCGUCUAAUCAGUUUAGAAGAUCGUCUGCAUAUCUUCAGCACCAACAUCAACAGGCACGUGAUUCUCAUCAACAUUUGCAUGAUGAUCAAGGAAGUCGGGAUAAAUUCCAUGGAAAAUGUGAAUCGAUUAUUGAAAAGGUCACUGCACAUACUACAACUAAUGCAGAUCAACAUGACUUUCGUAGUAAUAAGUUGUUAGUAUCGAAUAAUAAAUUGGAAAAGACAUUAGGGUGUAAUAAAAUUGAUGAUAUUUUAAGUUCUAUUAAUUAUGAACGCCAAAAGUCUACUACUACCACGACGAAUUCUUCAAGAAGAUCGGCUCGAUUUCUUGAUAAUCCUGUUGAGCAAGUUCACAGUGUACCACAACAACAACGACGACCUCAAUCUGCACAACAUUGUCAAAAAGGGAAUGAUUGUUGUUGUUAUAAUGCUCGAUCAUUACAUUCUCAGAACUUACAACGACCGGUAUCAACUAGUACGCAGAGACAAAAACAAGAUCCAGUUACAAAAUAUCAUUCAUAUCAAAGAAGCUGGUCGAUACAUUCUACACCCGGUGAAAAUGCACGACGUGUUCUACGUUGGAAUAUAAGAACAGCAAUGAUGCAUAGAGAAAUACCAUUGUUACAACGUAACUCCUCGGAAGUUAUUCGCCUCUUAGGUCCAUAUGCAUCAGCUUAUUUGGAGCAAGAAAGACAGAGACGAAUUAAAGCUUUACAACUUGAUUAUAUUCCACCAACUAGUAGACGUUAUGAUGAAUUACGUCAAAUUAUUCGUUCAUUAAUGGGAUAA